GCUGUUCCAGGAACAGGGAGGGAUCUGGGGGAAAGCGAAACUGAAACUUUGCAGCCGAAGGCGACAAGGCGGGACGCACCCCUUCCUGCCCCAGUCCCGGCCCUGCCGCGUCCAGAGCCGCUGCGCCAGCUCGUCGCCGAGAGCCAUGGCCUCGAACCAAUGCCCACCGUCCCCGCUGCUCGUGCGAGUGUCCGAGCCCGGCCUGCAGGGGACCCUACGCAGAAAGCUGGAACGCUACUUCCAGAGCCGGCUCUCCGGCGGCGGGGAAUGCACCGUCCGACCCUUGGGCCCUGACGAUCCGGACAUCUUCGUGGUGAAGUUCUUGGAAAGGGCAGCUAAGGAGAGAGUGUUGAAAAAUGAAAAGCACCAAAUUGUGAUUGGCGACAAACCUGUGCCUGUUUUCCUGGAACCCACUGAAAAUCCAAUAGAGAAGACUAGAAGACCCAGAAUGCCUUUGUUGACACAGUCACAAGAAGGGGUGAGGUCUGGUGAGACGCAUCCACAUAAAGAACAUAUUCCUCAUGCUGUCGACUCCUGUGGCCAAAAGAUCUUUCUUACUGUCAGAGCUGACCUGAACUGUAACCUGUUCGCUAAAGAGCUGAGGGAACACAUAACCACUCUCUGCCCCAAUGUUGAAACAGUGGAGGGCUACGAUGGAAUUAAGGUGGUGUGUGGUGACUUUGAAGAUAUUGAAAAAAUACAUGGCUUCUUGAGUGAGCAACUCCUAAAAAGUGAGCGGAAGCAUGAAUCUUCCCUUUUGACAACAGAGAGGGAGCCAAUCCAUCAGCAGGGCCGGAACAGCUGUGUUUCUCCCUCUGACCCAAAAACCAGGUCAGAAGAAAAAAGCAACCAUUAUGAAGUUCCCCUGCCUUUGUUUGAAUACUUCCAAUAUACCUAUCCUGAAAAAAUGGACUCGAUAGAGAAAAGGCUUGGAAUAAAAAUAAAACGUCGGGAGAGUUCAAAUGAGGUCUCAAUAGACUUUACCUCAAGUCCAUCAAGUGACAUCAGAGUAGCUCAAGAAUCUUUUAUCAGUGAAAUUCAGAAGUCCAUAGGAACCCUGGAGCAGAAAUGUAUUGCUUUAGCAGACAGUAAGCAGGCAAAUAAAAUCAAACAGGAAUUGAGUCACAAAUUCUCAAAGCUCUUAAUAAAACAGAAUGGAGGAGAAUUGACUCUCUUUGGGACUCAAGGUGACAUUUCAGCUGCCACACAUUUUCUUUCCCUCCAAAUCCCUGAAAGUCUUGACAAGGCACCUGUGGAAAUACAGAUUCUCGGGUGUUUAAUGAAUGGAAUUGAGGUUGACACUGUUCACUAUCAGCUUUUAAAAGAUGAAUUACUCCAGAAGAUAAGAGAGAUCGAAGAAAAGUACAGCACUCAAAGUGAGGUUUUGGGAAUAAAUCAGAAAACCUGUAUCCUAUUUAAACCUAAGUUCAAGGAGUUGGACCUGUCUAUGCAUGCUUAUGCAAGUUUCAUCGAUGCCUAUCAACAUCUCUCAUGCCAGCUGAUGACAGAAGUUUGUUCACUGAAACCUUUGGGCAAGGGGAGAAAGCACUUAUAUGGGAUCAAGUUCACUGAUGACUUUAGAAAAAGGCAUCCAUAUGUACACUUCGCGCUAAAUCAAGAGUCAAUGACUUUGAUUGGGUUGCCAAAUCACCUUGCAAAGGCAAAGCAGUAUAUGGUAAAAACAGGGGGAAUGACCCUGUUAGCUGGAGAGAAGUGGAAUGAGGAUCAUGAAACACCCAUGGACAUUGAUAGUAACGAUUCAGAAACAGCUUCACCAACAUUCCAGCACACUGCCAGUUCCGGGGCAUCGGGAGUGGACAAGGAAGAGGAUGUGUGUAUCAUCUGUAUGGAGCCCAUUACUAACAAACGAGUGCUACAAAAGUGCAAGCACGCGUUCUGCAGCCCUUGUAUCGAGAAAGCCAUGACAUAUAAGCCAGUCUGUCCUGUGUGCAAUACUUCCUACGGUGUCCAGAAAGGGAAUCAGCCACCGGGAAUCAUGAAUGUCACUUACGUAAGAGAUUCACUUCCAGGUUAUGAAGGCUAUGGCUCCAUUGUGAUUAAUUAUAAGAUGAAAGGAGGCAUACAAACAAUAGAACACCCAAAUCCGGGAAGGAGCUAUUCUGGAAUACAGCGAACUGCCUACUUGCCAGAUAAUAAGGAAGGACUGGAGGUUUUGAGAUUACUUCGUAGGGCCUUUGAACAGAAGCUGAUUUUCACAGUGGGAGACUCUCGAGUUUCAGGAGCAUCAAAUGUCAUUACAUGGAAUGAUAUCCACCACAAAACAAGCAUGGCUGGGGGACCAGAAAUGUAUGGCUACCCUGAUCCUGAUUAUCUGAAACGUGUCAAACAGGAACUGAAAGAUAAAGGAAUUGAAUAAGAAGACUGCUGGAAGGAUGUCUUGACCCACAUUUUCAAAAGACACGGUUGAAAAACCAGAGUAAAUACCAAUCUAAAUCCUUAUGUAGAAACACCUUUUUAAAAUACUCAUCUCAAGAAGGGGUUGAUGUAAGAGUCAGAAUCUAUAAUCUGUCAUUUCUGGAGUGUGACUUUUUAUGGAAGAUAAAACCCCCAAAGAUCUGUGUGAUUUUGCUGCAGAGGUGUUGUGCUUCGUUCUUUGUUGGGGAGAGAGGAGUGCUGUGGGUCUGAAAUCAUCUUCUGUGUUCUUCACUUGAAAUGCUAGCUGCCAGUUGGUCCUCUUUUUAUUACCAUCUCUUGGGUGGCCCCUUAGUUUGGUUGGUUGGUUGGUUGGUUGGUUGGUUGGUUGGUUGGUUGGUUGGUUUGCCUUUCAAGUACCCUAAAGGUAAAAGCCUAGUGUGAAGGCUGGGAAAGGCUUUGGUUAUGGAAAAGUAAGAGGCACACAUUCCCCUCCCUCAUGGCCAGAAAAGUGGCCUGGAGCAGAGAUGGGACAACCUUUGGUAAUAAAUAGCAUCAGGCUAUUGUUUUUCAUGACACAGAGCCUGGUCUACAGUUGGUACUUAAUAAAUCUUUGCUGCCUGGCUCAGAUUGCUAAUAACCCAGCAGAGGGAUAGAUGCUCUCUAAAUCUUUAGCAGAGGCAGGAGUAAGGAAGUCAUUUCUGGAGUCCUCACCACUGAUUUGAAAAACUGAAUUUCUGAUUUCAAACACUUGGCCUCUGAACUCUGCCCAGGCCUCUAACUUAGUCCUCGUUCCCCUCGAUCCUUGUAAUCCGCUAUAUGGAGUACACUUACCCUGCCAGAGUAAUGCUAUACAUGUCUGAACAUCUUUUUUCCUUGGAUAUGAUUGUACUUUUGAAUAUACCCCACUUUCAGUUUUAAUAUACAUAAUCUAACUUUAGUUUCCCAUGAUAUCAUUUUCUCAGUAACUAGCCCCCCAGUAGUCGUUUUUCCAUCCUUUUACUAAGUCCCACUAAGACAUGUUUUCUCUCCUAAAAUCCUUCUCCUUGAUAUUCUCUGGACAGAAAAGGUGAGAGUUAAGCCUACUACGAGGAAUAUAUGACAUGUCAAGAUUUACUUUUAAAUGGUUCUCUAAGCCAGAAGAAAGUUAGAAUAGCAAAUUGUCUCAUUAUCUACGUCCCAUCCUCUCUCCAAAAAUGAUGAAAGAGAGGUCUUUUUAUUUCCCUAAAGAUACACAUACACACCCAUAGACAUUUUUGGUUAGAGGGUUAAUGCUUAUUAUGGACUUAUUUUGUCUCCUUUAUAAGAGCUUUAUAUCUGUUUGAUUGAUGUUAUUAGUAUCCUCAUUUUAUAACUGAGAAAACUGAUGCAUAGAGAAGAUACCUAAAUAAAGGUCACGCAGUUACUGCGUAGACAUGCUGGGAUUUGAAGGAGAUAGUCCGGCUCCAAGGCUUCUGCAACCCAGAGCUAUACUGCCUCCCGCAGGGGUUCUUCUCCAUGGAGCAGGCUGAGUAAUUUCUGUUAUUCUGGGGUUCUCUCAGAAAUGGAUGACAGUCCUCACAGCAGAUUUCCUCCCAAGAAGUCCUAUUUGAAGAACUUAAAACUCAGAAACUUUUCCUUUGUCCAGAAAGAUGAGGAAGCUUACAUUAAAUGAUAUGUCUUUUUUUAAAAAAAUCAGAUUUUUAAUUUUUGGUGAUCAGUAAAGUCUUUACCACUAUGAUUAAUUGUUUUGUAUCUUGAUCUUUUAGCUAAACUUGCUUCAAAAAACCCCAAAAGUUUGGUUCCUGCUAAGGUCUGGAUCCUUGAUUACACUGUAGUGUGUGCUUAGGCAGUUUAAUGAUGUGAGUGCUUAGCAUUUGGAUUGCUGCUUUUGCUCUGUAGAAGGUAUUAUCAUCUGUAUCUGCUCUAAAUAAAGUUAUACCCAUAUUAGGAACAGAA